UUAGGAAGCUCACUAGAUUUUAAGACACGCCCGUCGACAUAACGAUAAUGAUGACGUCCCAUAUUUGAGGCGACGUCAAUGAGUCUUCAGCAUCUCAUCAAUCACCACGCGAUCUCUCAUGUUUCUGGUUAUGAGGACUGUUGUGAUAGUAACAAUUCUCCUUCACUGUGUGGGACAGAGGUAUAUACUAGGUCAGGAACAACUGUGUCAACCUCAGCCCUCAUGUUCUGAAUGCAUAAGCAGUCCUGGAUGUGCGUGGUGCACACAGUUGGACUUCUUGAAAUCGGGCGAGGCUAAUGAACGACGCUGCGAUUCCCCCGACUCUCUGAAGACCAGGAAUUGUAAAGAUUUCACCAAUCCCACAAAUUUAUUUACCAUUAAAAAGAACAGCGACCUUAGUAAUAACCCUGAUAAUGUGGUUCAACUCAAGCCUCAGAAUGUCGACAUUAAACUCAGAGUUGGUGUCCCAUAUGAAUUCAAGAUUGAUUUUCAAAGGGCUGAGGGUUAUCCUAUAGACCUGUACUAUCUGAUGGAUCUAAGCUAUUCAAUGAAAGAUGAUCUGGCGCAAAUUAAAACCUUGGGGCAGAAAAUUCUCGGGAAGCUGAAGGAAAUAACAGGCACUGUUCGGAUCGGGUUCGGCUCAUUUGUCGAUAAGGAGAUGUUGCCGUAUGUCAGUAUGGUUAAAUCAAAGCGUGCAAACCCCUGCCCAAAUCGCAUAGAUACCUGCCAACCAGCUUUCAGUUUUCAGAAUGUCCUGCCAUUGACCAGCAAUGACAAAGAUUUUACAAAGGAGGUUAGCAAACAGAACAUCUCUGGCAACCUGGACUCCCCUGAAGCGGGAUUGGAUGCUAUAAUGCAAGCUGCAGUCUGUACGGAUAAGAUCAAAUGGGGGAAUGUGACACGAAUUCUGGUUUACACCUCUGACGAUACUUUCCAUAUGGCAGGAGAUGGACGGCUGGCUGGUGUGUUUCAACCCCAUGACGGCAAAUGUCACCUUAAUGACAAAGGUUCCUAUAAUGGAAGAUCUCAUGAUUACCCAUCAGUAGGUCAUCUGUCAAGAGUUCUGCAGGAUAACAAUAUCCAGCUGAUAUUUGCUGUAACUGAGGAAAUCUAUCCAGCAUACAAGGCAUUGAGUGCAUUGAUUCCUCAGUCUGUGGUUGGUGUAUUAAAGACUGACUCUAGUAACGUCGUUGAUCUCAUCUCUGAAGCUUACGGAAACUUGUCAUCCACCCUCAUGUUGGAGGCAGAGGGAGCACCAAAGGAACUGGAUGUGUCCUACAGGUCCAUCUGUAACGGGAAACCGGCAGAGGGUGAAUGGAAGGACAAAGGAGAAUGUCAAGGCAUCAGGCAUGAGAAGGUUUCGUUUGAAGUACGUUUGAAAGUGUCAGAGUGCCUACCGGAGCCUCAGACGUUUCGGAUCAAAAUCCAAGGCAUCGGUGAGGAGGUGAAGGUCACGGUGGAUACGCAGUGUCAAUGCAGCUGUGGUGAACCAGAGAUGUCUUCUCAACACUGUAAUGCUAACGGAACUCUCUCGUGUGGAGUGUGCAGCUGUGACAAAGGUUAUUUGGGUCAGCACUGCGAGUGUAUGCAGAACAACAAUAUGGACUCCAUUCAAAGCAUGCUGACGUUGUGUCGCCAAGACAAUAACUCGCUGGUAUGCAGUGGACAAGGCAGCUGUGAGUGUGGCAAGUGUGUAUGUCACGGGCGCUACAGUGGGAAGUUUUGCCAAUGUGAUGACGGUAGUUGCGAACGCUAUAACAGCAUGAUCUGCAAUGGAAAAGGAACAUGUAACUGUGGCACGUGUAUAUGUCAUGGAAACUACACCGGCUCUGCAUGCAGUUGCCCUCCUAGCACAGAAAAUUGUCGGUAUAACAAGGGGCUAUGCAGUGGCCAGGGCAAGUGCGUGUGCAACCAAUGCCAGUGUAACCCAGGUUUCACGGGAAGUCAUUGUUCUUCAAUUUUGAACCAUUGUGCACAAUUUAAAGAUUGUGUGGCAUGUCACGUGGAAGGUAGGGGGGCUUGUGCUGAGACCUGUUUGAAUGGCAAAAUAACUCGUCUUGAUGGUUAUCAUGAGCUGGAUUGCUUAUAUAAAGACACAAUUUCCUAUGAAGUGGAACUCGGGCCCGAAGGCAAAAUUGUUCUUAAAUAUGGAGACCUGCCCCGUUCUAUCGAUAAGACCACAAUAAUAAUCGGCACCUCUGUGUCGUUGAUCAUCAUUAUUGGCAUUAUAAUAAUCGUUAUUUACCGGGGCCUGCUGGAGUUGUAUGACAUAAGAGAAUAUCAAAACUUCGUCAAAGCACAGAAACAGACUCAAUGGAAUGAGGUCCAGAAUCCCCUUUUCAAAGGUGCCACAACAACAGUGCUUAACCCUUUGCAUACAGCAGACGAGUGAGAUCAGGUCACACAUGCAACAUUAUGAGAAAACUAUUUAAUUUAAUGCAACAGAGGAUCCACGGGAGUUAGUUAUUGCCUCUUUUUUGUUUUAGUAUUUUUUUGUAUAGCUAUUAUUGUAUAAUUGUGUCUAACACUGGACAAACUGAAUAUAAACAAAUUAAAUAUAUUUUCUAAAUGGCAAAAAAGCCAAACAAGGUGAACGUGACUUUUAAAAUGUUAUAGAAUAUUUUAUAUUUAUAGAUGCAUGCUGAAGUUAAAAUAACAAAUACGGUGGAGACACUGUAUAAAAAUAAAUUGCUUAAUGUUAUUUUUUUAUUUUUCUGGUUAUGGACAAAAAUAAAUUUGGGAAACAAA